GAGGGGAUUAGUUAUAGAUAUAACAAUGAUCGACUAAAAUAUAUCAACAAGUGGAAAGUAGCAAUGCCAAGUCCUUUUUAUCUUUAAAUUAAGUUGUUCAUCUUUAUGUUUAAUUAAGUUAAAUCAUUCAAUCCCAAAACCCCCCUUUUUAUUUACUAGUUUUAUAAAAAGAGAAUUAUUCCUUUCCCUGUGGAUACGAACUCUACUACGCUAUACUACGUAUAAGUGUUAGUAUUGAAUUUAUUUUGAGUGCACUCAUGACAAAGUGCACGUCAAAUUUGGCGCCGUUGCCGGGGAAAGGCAAUUAAUUUUCCUUUUUAUUUUAUUUCAAGAAAAAACAAAAAAAAAUAUUAUUUACAUAUCAAGAUUUCUAUUUCUUCUGAGCUUUAUAGUGUAUGGUUAAAUAUCGUUCUCUAAACGAGAUCACCUACCAAUCAAACCCAGAAAUAGAGCAAACUCUCGAGCGAUUGAAAAAUAAGUUCUCAGGUACCGACUCGGGAGAAUCAUCAAGUGCUAGUUCUCAUUCUAGCGAGCCCGAAGAGCCAACAACUAUGGCUCUUGAAACAAGAACAUUGAGGGAGCUCACGGCUCCUAACUUAAAUCAAAAACCUCUAUGUAUCACCUUCCCCACUCUUGAUGAAGGUGCUACAUUUGAGCUCAAAUCGGGCCUUAUUCAUCUACUCCCUUCAUUUCAUGGCCUAAGGGGUGAGGAUGCAAACAAACAUCUUGCGGAGUUUCAUAUAGUUUGCACUAGUAUGAAACCAAAUAAUGUUACGGAAGAACAAAUCAAGCUGAGGGCCUUUCCAUUCUCACUGAAGGACACGGCUAAGGAUUGGCUAUUCUAUCUUCCCUCGGGAAGCAUAGAUACAUGGGCGGCAAUGAAGAAAUGCUUCCUAGAAAGGUACUACCCCGCCUCCAUCUCAUCAUCUUUGAAAAAACAAAUAAGCAACAUUGAUCAAAAAGAUGAUGAGACCUUAUAUGAAUAUUGGGAACGGUUCAAAAAGUUAUGUGCUAGCUGCCCUUAUCAUGGCUACACCGAGCAAGACCUCAUACUCUACUUUUAUGAUGGUCUUGUUGAUGAUGAUAGAAGAAUGGUGAAUGCCGCUUGUGGGGGCGACAUUGUCAACAAAACUCCCUCACAAGCAACAAGCUUGAUCUCAGAGUUGGCCGAGAACUCUAGGCAUUACAACGGGCGGUCCUCAACCCGUAAAGUUGCCGCGGCGGAAUCAUCUUCAUCUUUAGAAAGUCAGAUGGCCGGCUUGACUUCUUUGGUUAAGGAUUUCCUUUUAAAUCCUAGAAACCAAGAGGUCAAGGUCUGCGGCAUAUGCACACAGCAAGGGCAUCCAACAAAUUCUUGCCCAACUCUCCAAGAAGAGCAAGUCAACGCUUUGGGUUUCCAAACCCAACAACAAAAGAGGUACGAUCCCCACUCUAAUACUUACUACCCCGGGUGGAGAGAUCACCCUAAUUUAAGAUAUGGGAACCCUCAACCACAACAAAAUCAGUCCUUUCAACAAUCCUUCCCAAAUCAUCAAGGUCAAAGCUCCAACUCUAACAUGUCCACGGAGGACAUGAUUCGAGCUCUUGCUACGAACAUGGGCACUUUGCAACAAAAUGUUUUGCAAUUUCAACAAGAAACAAAGUCAAGCAUUCAAAAUUUGGAAACUCAAGUUAGCCAAAUUUCGAUUGCUGUGAGUAGGCUAGAGGCCAAAGAAUCGGGAAAACUCCCUUCUCAAACGGAGCAAAACCCGAGACAACAUGUCAAUGCAAUCAUGACGAGGAGCGGUAAGGAGUUGCAAACAAAGGAGGCUGAAGAAAAAGUUAACAAUGACGAGUUUGACCACAACGAGGGGGAACCAACGAAGACAAAAUUUCCUCCACUUUCAUCAUAUGAGUCACUCCCUCCAUUCCCUGAGGCGCUGAAGGACACAAGGAAGUUGGAGAAUGAUCGAGACAUCUAUGAGACCUUCGCCAAUUGUGAGGUAAAUAUUCCACUCUUUAAACUAAUCAAAAGUGUUCCCCGUUAUGCAAAGUUUUUAAAAGAACUAUGCACAAUGAAAAGGAAAGAUAAAUUGAAGGCAAAACAAGAGGUAAAUGUUAGUGAACGUGUCUCAGCAAUUUUUCAGAGGAAACUCCCGGAAAAAUGCAAUGACCCAGGCAUGUUCACUAUCCCAUGCAAAAUAGGGGACACUUUAUUUCCUAGGGCCUUAUUGGAUAUAGGGGCUUCAAUCAAUGUUAUUCCAUAUUCAUUAUACAAAUCCCUAAAACUUGGCCGUAUGCAUGAAACCGGGGUAGUAAUCCAAUUGGCAGAUAGGUCUUGCACCUACCCAAAGGGUGUAGUAGAGGACGUGCUAGUACAAGUUAAAAAUUUGGUCUUCCCUGUUGAUUUCUAUAUUCUUGAAAUGGAAGCCGAUAACCAAACUACACCCAUCCUUUUGGGGAGACCUUUCUUAAAAACCGCCCAAACAAAAAUAGAUGUGUCUAAUGGUUCAUUAACAUUGGAGUUUGAUGACCAAAAGGUAGAAUUCAACAUCUUUGAUUCUACGAAAAAACAAUUUAAAGACCAAUCUCUUUGUUCUCUAAAUGUUUUUGAACCACAAGCACGAAAUAUUUUUAUUGAAAAAGAUACUAAGAAAACAUCAAUUUUUGAAAAAAGAAUUGAACAAAAAAAAUCUAUUUUGAAAGAAGAGUCGCCUCAAAGCGAGUUGGAACCACCUGUGGUCGAGGCGAUAACAAAGAAGAAACUUCGGCCUUACUGGAAAAGGCCAAAGAAAAAGAAUGAAAUUAGGGAUGUCCAUGAUCCCACAUAAAAAAAUUAAAAAAUAAAAAUAAAUAAUCGUCGUGCCACGACGUUAAAUAAGGCGCUUCUUGGGAGGCAACCCAAGUUUGUAUUUUGAUUAUUUUCAAUUUUUUUUGUGUGUGUGAGAAACCUUUCAAAAAAAAAAACUGGGGAGUGGACCCGGGCGGGUAUCUGAUUUCACCCGGCCGGGCGUGUUCGUAAAAAGGCACCUGGAACAAAAAAAUCGCCCGGGAAAAUAAUUUUUUUUGGCAAAACCCGGCCCCUGGAGUAAAUUACCCGACCGGGUACCUUUAAUACACCCGGCCGGGCAUUUUUGACAAAAACAUUCUGGAUAAGCGGAAGUUAAGGCCCGACCGGGUACAUUACCCCACCCGGCCGGGCGUUGGGAUUUUUUUUUUCACAAAAACCGAGAUGGCAUCCUCUUCUUCCUCACUUCUUCUUCCGCAAACACGAACCAAACUCCGCCAAAACACCAUUUUCAAACUCCAUACAUUUGAAUCUUCUCCAAUUCUACACCAAAUCCAUCAAAUAAACCCACCUCCCUCAUCUCUUCAUCACCCUCUUCACUACUACACCCCCCCCCCCCCCAAAAAAAAAAAAAAUCCUAAAAAUCCAAAUCCCCUUACUCCACAAACAACAAAACCCGAAAUUUCCUCAACCAAAAAGAAAUGACACCAAAAAAGGCAAAGAGAUUCAUUCUCUUGGACAUCUCGGACACAAGCACUAGGGACAGUGCUUUGAUUAGCUUGGGGGGAGAAUUUCAUGGAAAACUCACAUUCAUACUCUGUAUGCUUGAGUUAUUUUCAAAAAAAAAAAAAAAAAAAAAAAGAAAAUAAAGCUUGUUAAGUUGAAAACCUGAAAAGGCAACUUAAGCAAAAAAAAAAAAGAGUGAGUUGUGAGGAUUAAAACAAAAAAAAUGUGGGAAGCUGGGAUGAAAACCCGAAAGGGCACCUAGGCAAAAUGAGAGAAUGAGAGAAAGUACUUUCUUUUAUUUCUGCAGGAUUCUAAGGGUAAUAAAAAAAAACUGAGGUUGAUAAGAAAUAUGGAGUUGAAGACCCCCCUUUUACUCUUAUAUUUUUGGGGAUAUUUUUUCGUGUUGUUCUAAAAACACACGUGGAUGUUGGUGUUGAUACUCUUGCCAUUUUAGGGACUUCUUGGGCUGGAUUUGGUUUACUCGAGACGAGUAAAGGUUCAAGUGUGGGGGUAUUUGAUAUGCACUAAUUAGUAGUGCAUAAGUGUGUGUUUUUAUGUUUGAUUUGUGUGUAUUGUUUAUCGUUUUAUUUAGUUUAUAAACAUUUGUGUGAUUUUAGUUGUAAUUGUAUUUUAGUUCUCAUUUGUAAGUUGUAAAGUAGAGUUAGGAUUUAUGGUGUUGGAAAGGAAGACUUUGAAUGUGAAGAAAAAUAAUUCUUGGCUGCCCAGGACAAUCACCCGGUCGGGUGAGGUAUUGCACCCGGUCGGGUGAGAAAUUUAAAUGCGAAACUGCUCAGGAAAUUACAUCACCCGGUCGGGUGAGGUAUUUCACCCGGUCGGGUCCGACUUGACCCGGAACACCAGAACGUGCCGAAGAUCGCCAGAACGUGGAAGAUAUUUGAUUUUGACAUGCACCCGGUCGGGUGGGCACUUUACCCGGUCGGGUACCCGGCCAAAGGUGUUGAAAAACACCUAUAAAUAGCCCCAUUUUCCUUCACUUUUAAUCAUCCCUUCUUCCAUACUCUUAAGCUCAGUUUAGAAUAGUAUUUCUUUUAUAUUUUAUAGCAUGUUUAGUCUCCAAAUGAGGAGCUAAACUUCCAUUUCUUGGUGUUGCUCUUGAAGCUUGUUGAUUAUUAAAGUUGUGAGUUAUUUUCUUAACUUCUUCCCUUGAAUAUUAAUUAUUCUCUUAAUCUAUCUCUAUAUUAAUGUUGGGGAGUGUUGCUAAGAUGACAAUUAGUUAACAUCUCGACAUUAAUUACUACUAGAAACGAUCAACAAACCGAUGGUUAAUCGUUGAUGGUUUCACAAGUAAGUAACUUCGAUUUAUUAAUGCACGGUCGUGGUUAAUAAACUUAAGAGGGAUUAAUUUUGUUGGUUAAACCGAAACCGUUGUGUUGAGGUUAUCAAUCUCAAUUGAUUUCAUCAAGGAGUUAAGAGAUUAAAUGCUACUAUUAAGUCGGUAUAUGGCGGUGUUCUAUACAUGACUAAUAGUAAGGGUUAUUAAUGAACGGUCGUUGUUAAUAACUACCCUCGAUGAA